UCAAGUUUAUAUUUUAUAUACGUAAGAGAUGAAUAUGAACCAAAAUUCUGAUGAGUUGGAUCGAAAUUGGCAAAAUUCUGCGCAAGGGCAAACAGGGUCAAUGAAGAAAGAUGCAAAGCGAAAAUUAUUUAUCAGAGACUUUUUGCGCAAUAAGGAUGUGGCGCCAUGGUUUCGAGGAACGUCGAUUUUUCACUUGCAAGGAUCCAAUAAACUUUUCAACGCUAUUCAUGAUGACAUCGAACAGAGAACAACGCAUCGAGUAAAGUAUUGUUUGCACAUGAUAGGUUUGGAGCCCAUGGUUUCGUCCAAGGAUCUUAAAUGCCUGCUACAGCUUAGUCGUGGCAAUGACUUGGCCUUCCUUUGGUUUCUAAUGGAGAUGUGCUACAAGAAUCCUAACCAAAGCAAAUACAAUCUUAAUGAACAGCUUAUAUGUUCGGCUAUUUGUCACUUGGAUAUGAUCACCACAUUGCGAGAACUGGACAAAAUUGUACCCAAGGUUUGCGGUGGCAAAACUGUGUCGAACCCAAUCCCACAGCAACCAUUGGUUGGCGAUGACAAAACUGUGUCGAAGCCAUUCCCAAAGCAGCCUCAGUUGUUUUCUAGGAAUUCGCGGUCGAAAUAUGAGUUAAAGAAUGGUGCCACGGUUUGCAAAUUACCAUACUUUGAGAAAAUGAAAAGACCCCAACGUCGUGGUAAGUCUAUGACCAUCGAUGUUCCGAAUUUAAAAGUUCAAUUUAAUACGUAUUCGGCUUACGUCGACCCCAUUCACAUCGUCCAUAAUGAAUGUAAUCGCUGGUAUGCAGAACAUGACUUUAAUGCCGGACGAAGGGUUGCAUACGCUGUUAUUCGGAAUGCUAUCGCCAGUAUAUUUGAUGACUUGGGAGCGGCGAAACUAGAACCAGGGACUCUAAGAAUGUUGUGCUCAUAUCACAAGAACCUGAAGCAGAUUGAAGAACGUUAUAUUCGGCAGUUUAAAAUUAAAACUCGGGAAAGAUGCCUAAAGAGGUCCUUCGACAAUGCCGCCGCUAUCGCAAAGCAACGGGGUUGUCGAAUCAAUGAUUACCUUCAAUGCGAGAUAGACAAACAGUUGUGUUCAUUUCGGAGCCAAACUGCAAAGAUCAGAAAGGAAUUUACACUAUCUACUAUUGUUAAUAAUUGUGACCAAGUGGCUUUAUCUGCCGGUGAAGACGGUAACAGCGGCAAUGUUCUAAUGGGCGCCGCAAUGACAGAGCCAUGUGGAGAUCUAGGGUGCGAUGAAUGUAACAUGUUAAUCCAAGACGUCCAACUUUCAAAAACAGUAUUUGAAAAUCUAAAGCAUUCGCCUAUAAAUGAUACACACGUUAAUCUUUUAAUGAGUGGAAAAUCGACUUCGCAAAUGUCAAUCUUUACGGCAAAACAUUUACACGUCGCCGACAUUACUGGACCCUCCCAAUCAUUUUUCAAUGCAUCUUCAAAUAAUAAACCCUACCAGUUUGACUACAGAAAAAUAUUCCAUUGCAAGCAGAAGGAUAACGCUUUCCUCAAGGAAGAAACAGCCAGAAACUUAGAAUGGCCUUCAUUGAAGCAUUAGAUAUGGACA